CAGAACCAGCGGGCAGGGCACCUCCAGGUGGACAGAACACUCAUCCUGCCACCAUGAGCACCACCACGGGGCCUGAAGCUGCACCCAAACCAAGUGCCAAGUCUAUCUAUGAGCAGAGGAAACGUUACUCCACUGUGGUUAUGGCCGACGUGUCCCAGUAUCAUGUCAAUCACCUGGUCACCUUCUGCUUGGGGGAGGAGGAUGGUGUGCACACGGUGGAAGAUGCUUCCAGGAAGCUGGCUGUCAUGGACAGCCAGGGACGCGUCUGGGCACAGGAGAUGCUACUGAGAGUGUCACCUGGCCAUGUCGCUCUGCUUGACCCGGUCUCCAAGGAGGAACUAGAGUCAUAUCCACUUGACGCCAUCGUACGCUGCGAUACGGUGAUACCCCGCGGCAGGAGCCGCUCGCUGCUACUCCUGGUGUGCCAAGAGCCAGAGCGUGCACAACCAGAUGUCCAUUUCUUCCAAGGCCUGCUCCUCGGGGCGGAGCUCAUCCGGGAGGACAUCCAAGGGGCUCUGCAGAACUACCGCUCUGGACGCGGAGAACGCAGGGCGGCAGCGCUCAGGGCAACGCAGGAGGAGCUCCAACGUGGCGCCUCUCCCGCCGCGGAGACCCCGCCCUUACAGCGUCGUCCAUCAGUCCGCGCGGUGAUCAGCGCAGUGGAACCGUCCACUGGCCGUGGGCGACCCCAAGUGGAGCCAAUUCCAGAGACGGGGGAAGCGGGGAGACCCGGCCCAGCUGGCACUACCUCGAGCAACACUAUCCCGACCUCCCCGGACCUGGGCCCGCGGGGUCCUGAGCUGGCCGGUCUGCAAGCAGAGCGGGACGUGGAUAUCCUGAACCACGUGUUCGACGACGUGGAGAGCUUCGUAUCCAGACUACAAAAGUCAGCAGAGGCUGCCCGGGUUUUGGAGCACCGCGAGCGCGGCCGCAGGACACGACGCCGAGCUGCAGGAGAGGGCCUGCUGACGCUGCGGGCCAAGCCACCCACCGAGGCUGAAUACACCGACGUGAUUCAGAAAAUUAAAUAUGCCUUCAGUCUGCUGGCCCGACUGCGGGGCAACAUCGCCAACCCCUCCUCUCCAGAGCUGUUGCACUUUCUGUUCGGACCUCUGCAGAUGAUUGUGAACACGUCAGGUGGCCCUGAGUUCGCGAGCCGUGUGAGACGACCGCACCUGACCUUGGAGGCUGUGGCGCUGCUCCGCGACAAUGUGACCCCUCGCGAAAAUGCACUGUGGACUUCUUUGGGGGACUCCUGGACCCGCCCAGGGGUGGAGCUGCCCCCGGAAGAAGGAUCUCCAUACAGUCCCGAAUUCUACAGCGGCUGGGAACCUCCAGCCACUGACCCUCAGGGCCGCGCCUGGGAGGACCCAGUGGAAAAACAGCUACAACACGAGAAGCGGCGCAGGCAGCAAAGCGCCCCUCAGAUCGCUGUCAAUGGUCAUCAAGACCCAGAACUGGAAGCUGAGUCCCAGCUAGAAGAAAGAGCCAGAAAGUGGGUUCUGUGUAAUUAUGACUUCCAGGCCCGAAAUAGCAGCGAACUGUCUGUCAAGCACCGAGAUGUGUUGGAGGUCCUGGAUGACAAGCGCAAGUGGUGGAAGGUUCGAGAUCAUCAGGGACAGGAGGGCUAUGUACCCUAUAACAUCCUGACACUCCACCCUGGACCUCAGGUGCACCGCAGCCAAAGUCCUGCAGGAAACCUAGAAACUAGUACUCCUCCUCCCCCACCCGCACCAGCUCCAGUCCCUGCUCAGGUGCGGCCCCACCGGGACAGUUGCGACAGUCUCAACAAUUUGGACCCCAGCGAGAAGGAGAAAUUCUCCCAGAUGCUCAGUGUCAAUGAGGAGCUGCAGGCGCGCCUGGCGCAGGGCCGUUCGGGUCCCAGCCGGGUAGCCCUGGGACCUCGCGCCCCGGAGCCCCAGCUCAGCCCGAGCUCUGAGGCCUCGGUGGUCCGUGCCUGGCUGCAGACCAAGGGUUUUAGCUCUGGGACUGUGGACGCUCUCGGCGUGCUGACCGGUGCACAGCUCUUCUCACUGCAAAAGGAAGAGUUGCGGGCGGUGUGUCCCGAGGAAGGGGCUCGAGUGUACAGCCAAGUCACCGUGCAGCGCGCGCUGCUGGAGGACAGAGAAAAAGUGUCAGAGCUGGAGGCCGUGAUGGAGAAGCAAAAGAAAAAAGUGGAAGGCGAGGCCAAAACAGAAGUUAUUUGAUCCUUCCUGGCUCGUUCACAAAACGUAAUGAAAUGGCGGGGUUCCCAGCGCCCCCUAGGACAACAGUCGCCAAACUCCUCCCCAUCACCAGUGGCAAUAGAAGUCCUGAAGAAUCGCCCACCCUGGUCUCCCCCGCUACCCUGGCGGGCAGACUGCACUAACUGUGCUGACUGGAACCCCCGACCGGUGGGAAUGGGCAAUGGGGCGGAGCAGAGAGACACUACCAGAGAGGCACGCCCAAAAGGCGCAGAGGGCCCUGUGAGUUGUG